GUUUAUCAGAAUAUUGCAAUCAUUUUGACCUUUUCUUUAUAAAUUAGGCUUGCUAAGAAAACAGUUCAUAGUGCAGACCGUUCGUGGUUACCCCCCAUAGAGUGACUAUUAUACUUAUGCUAAAAGAAUUCUUACCGGUUUCAAAUGGCAUCAACAGGUGGAAAUAUUGCACUUAUCUCCGUUUCCAACAAACGAGGCAUAUUGGAGCUAGGCCAGCAACUGCAAAAACUGGGCUUCAAUCUCAUUGCAAGUGGUGGUACUGCAAAGACUCUGCGCGAUGCCGGGCUUCAAGUGCGUGAUGUAUCCGAUAUUAGCCAGUUUCCAGAAAUACUGGGAGGUAGAGUCAAGACUCUACAUCCAGCAGUACAUGGUGCUAUUUUAUCCAGGCUGAUCCCUUCAGAUCAAGAAGAUUUAAAAAAGCAGAAUAUUGAAAUGAUUAGAUUAGUUGUAUGCAAUUUGUACCCAUUUGUGGAAACUGUGUCAAAACCAGAUGUUACAGCGGCUGAUGCAAUAGAGAACAUUGAUAUUGGUGGCGUCGCUCUGCUUAGAGCAGCAGCAAAAAAUCACGACAGAGUUACAGUGGUUUGCGAUCCAACUGAUUAUGAUAAAGUAAUUAGUGAAAUCAACGCCAGUAAAGAUAAAGAUACAACGCUACAAACUAGGCAGGGCCUAGCUUUGAAAGCAUUCACCCAUACUUCUGAGUAUGACUCGGCCAUAACCGAUUAUUUCCGAAAACAGUAUUCCAGUAAUGUGGGUCAGCUAACUUUAAGAUAUGGUAUGAAUCCACAUCAAAAACCUGCGCAAAUUUUCACCACUUUACCAAAAUUGCCAUUGACUGUAGUAAAUGGAUCGCCAGGGUUUAUUAACUUAUGCGAUGCUUUGAAUGGCUGGCAGUUAGUGCGGGAACUUAAAAAAGCUCUAGGUAUUCCGGCAGCAACGAGUUUUAAACAUGUCUCUCCUGCCGGAGCCGCAGUUGGGACAAAACUUAGUGCUGAUGAAGCAAAGUUAUGCAUGGUUGAUGACCUAUUGGAAAAAUUGACGCCAAUAGCUUCUGCCUAUGCGAGAGCUCGAGGUUCAGAUCGCAUGUCCUCUUUUGGCGACUUCAUUGCUCUCUCUGAUGUUUGCGAUGAAGUUACAGCUAAAAUAAUCUCCAGAGAAGUGUCGGACGGUAUAAUUGCUCCUGGGUAUACAUCAGAGGCUUUAGCUUUAUUGACAAAGAAGAAAAAUGGAGCAUAUUGUGUGUUGGAGAUUGAUUCAACUUAUGAACCUGAUGCAAUAGAACGUCGAAUACUCUUUGGUUUGAGUUUGGAACAGAAACGGAACGAUGCCGUUAUUGAUUCUUCUCUUUUUAACAAAGUUGUGACUCAAAACAAGAAUUUACCAGAAAAUGCUGUUAGAGAUCUGAUCGUUGCCACAAUUGCACUAAAAUACACUCAGAGUAAUUCAGUAUGCUAUGCCAGAGAUGGUCAAACUAUUGGAAUCGGUGCUGGGCAACAGUCAAGAAUUCAUUGCACAAGAUUAGCUGGAGAGAAAGCAGAUAAUUGGUGGUUGAGGCGCCAUCCAAAAGUUUUGAGCAUGAAAUUUAAGAAGGGCGUGAAAAGGGCAGAAAUCUCAAAUGCUAUUGACAAUUAUGUUAAUGGCACAAUUGGAAAAGACAUGGAUGAAAAAGUAUUCAGUUCAAUGUUUGAUGAAAUGCCUACACCUUUAACAGAAAAAGAUAAAGAAGCUUGGUUGCACGAAAUGUCCGGAGUGGCAUUGGCUUCUGAUGCAUUCUUUCCAUUCAGGGACAACAUUGACAGAGCAAGAUUGAGUGGUGUAACAUUUGUUGGUAGUCCAGCAGGGUCUAAAAAUGAUGAAGAAGUGAUCAAAGCCUGCAAUGACCACAAUAUUGUAUUGGCUUUAACAAAUCUGAGAUUAUUCCAUCAUUAACUGUUGUAAUGAUAUAAUGAUAAUGAUGAUGAUAUAAUGAUCUACUUACGAAGUUAUAGCUGCCUACAUAUUUUUUAGUUUUGUUUUCGAAUACUUAAAAAUACAUCAGUU